AUAGUUGGUGGAUAUUUGAAGUUUGAAUUGACAGGGGCGUGGCAUGCGCUCGUUCGGGAUGAUGACUUUGAAUUCACUCAUGCAUGGCCACACAAUGUGACAGUCGCGAUGGCUGGGACCGGGAGGCAGCUGCGUUUCGCGAAACCCAAUCUCCACGUUGAAUUCGCUAUGAAAAAAUAACUUUCUUUGCGCAAGUUUGGCCACGAAUCCACGGUUGAAGACGUUUGUGCAUGAAUAAGUGGCUGGCUGCUUUCAAAACUUUGGUUUCUAAUACAUAUUGAACCUUAGUCGAUGGAUUUAUUACCAACAACACAAGAGCAUUUUUACUGUACUUUCUCCCUAGGCUAGAAAUCGUGAAGCAUGGGUGACUGGAGUUUUCUGGGGCGGCUGUUGGAGAAUGCCCAGGAACACUCGACGGUGAUCGGCAAGGUCUGGCUGACUGUCCUCUUCAUCUUUAGGAUCCUGGUUCUGGGCGCGGCGGCGGAGGAGGUGUGGGGCGACGAGCAGUCGGACUUCACCUGCAACACCCAGCAGCCCGGUUGCGAGAACGUCUGCUACGAUGAGGCCUUCCCCAUCUCGCACAUCCGCUUCUGGGUGCUGCAGAUCAUCUUCGUGUCCACGCCCACGCUCAUCUACCUGGGCCACGUCCUGCACAUCGUUCGCAUGGAGGAGAAGCGCAAAGAGAAGGAGGAGGAGCUGCGCAAGGCCAGCAGACUCACGGAGGAGAAAGAACUCCUUUACAGAAACGGUGGUGGGGGAGGGGAGGUCAGCGGCAGGGGUGGCGGCGGUGGAGGCGGGAAAAAGGAGAAGCCACCAAUCAGAGACGAGCAUGGGAAAAUCCGUAUCCGGGGAGCGCUGUUGCGCACCUACGUGUUCAACAUCAUAUUCAAAACCCUGUUUGAGGUGGGGUUCAUUUUAGGGCAAUAUUUCCUCUAUGGUUUUCAACUGCGGCCCCUGUACAAGUGUGCGCGGUGGCCUUGCCCGAACACCGUGGACUGCUUCAUCUCCAGACCCACGGAAAAGACCAUCUUCAUCAUAUUUAUGCUUGUGGUGGCUUGCGUGUCCCUUUUGCUGAAUUUGUUAGAGAUUUAUCACCUCGGAUGGAAGAAAGUCAAGCAAGGCAUGAUUAACGAGUUCGCGCCCGGCCACAACUUGCUGCGACUCGGCGAGGGCGGCGAGCCCGAGCCCAUGAGCUCGGGUCCCAGAACUGCUCCUCCCACCCUCAGCUACCCGCCGACCUACACGGACGUGACGGCGGGCAACGCGGCCUUCCUCCAGCCGGUGGCGCCGCCGCCGCCCUCGGCCGACUACAAGAUGGAUCCUCUCCAAGAGGACCUGCGCGAGCCCUCGCCCUUCUACAUGAGCAACAACAACAACCACAGGCUGGCGGCCGAACAGAACUGGGCCAACCUGGCUACCGAGCAGCAGACUCGGGAGAUGAAGGCCACCUCCCCAUCCCCCUCCUCCACUUCCUCCUCCUCCAUCUGCACUGCUGACCGCCAGCGGCCGCCCAAAGAGGUCGCCACCCUGCCCACCACCAGCCCCAGCUUGAGCAGCAGCGGAGGCAGCUUGAGCGACGGCAAGAGCGAGCCCGAGGAGGGCCACAUCAUCACCACGGUGGAGAUGCACGAGCCGCCACUCAUGUUCACAGACCCACGGCGGCUUAGCAGAGCCAGCAAGACCAGCAGCGUUAGAGCCAGGCCCAACGACCUGGCGGUUUAGUUUCCCCUGAAUUAUGAAACAUCAACAAAAAAAAAAAACACCCAUCCCACCCCA